AAUCUCUAUAGUCAAUUCAUCUAUAUUAAUUAUUAAUCAUGACUCAAGAUAUAUUAGAUAGUCAGACAUAUGUUAGUAGUAGUAGUUUAUACUAUUUACUUCAAGAAUUAGUACCGACUUCAAUUCGGGUAUCUCAUAAAUUACUUGAUUCCUCACCUUCAACAUCAACUUCAACUGCUGCAUCUACCGCUUCUACAACAACAAAAAUUACAUCGACAAAUACAUCAUCAUUAUUCACAGAUAAAGACGAACCAACCACUCUAGAUCAUCAAUUAUCAUCAAUUCCAAAGGAUCUUCCUGGUACAGUUCAUGUCUUAGAUUCAUCUCUAUUAAAUAAUGAUGAAGUAACCUUAAGAAUUGAAAGUUAUGGAUAUAACUUAGGAAUCAAAUUAGCUGAAAUUUUAUUAUAUAAAAGUAAUAAUAAUGGUACUAAAAUAGUAGAUAUCCUUGAUAUUAUGAAAUUCGUUUGUCGAGAUGUUUGGAAAUGUUUAUAUAAUAAACAAAUGGAUAAUUUACGUACUAAUCAUAGAGGGACAUUUGUAUUGGUCGAUAGUAAUUAUAAAUUAAUCUCCAAUUUAAAUAGUGCAAAGGGUAUUAAUGAUACCUUAUCCAAAUCUAAAGUUUAUUUAUGGUUACCUUGUGGAAUCAUUAGAGGUAUAUUACUGAAUUUUGGGAUUGAAUCAAAUGUAACUGCUGAAAUUACUCAAUUCCCUGCUGUAACGUUUAAUAUUCAUACUUCAAUUAAUAAUUAGACAAUAAAUUCCAUUCCUAGCAUCAUUAUAUACCAUUGUAUAUCCUUUCAAUUCUUGUAUAUUAUUGUAUAAUAAAGCCGUACCCAUUUUAUGAUAUCUUGACUGUAAAAAAAAAUUAAACUAUCACGCAUAAAUGUUUUUGUUUACAAAAUGAGGUUAUGAUAGAUAUCAAAAGUGUUGUUCUGUUUGAUUUUAACUAUUAGUAAAUUAGGAUCAUGCC